CCGUCAGCUGACCGCGGAGAGCCCGGAGAGGGGCCCCCGCGCCUACAAAAAGCGGGCAGCAGCCGCCGGACAGGGACCCUCCGGCCUCCCUCCCCUCCCGACACCGCCAUGGCGCCCCGCGGCCUCCUCCUCCUCUUCCCGCUGCUGCUCCUCGCCUCCACCGGGCCCUGCGCGGCCCUCAUCAGGAUCCCCCUGACCAAGUUCCCCUCCAUGCGGCGAGUCCUGACUGAAGUGGGCAGCGAGAUCCCAGACAUGAACGCCCUCACCCAGCUCCUCAAGUUCAAGUAUGGCUUUGCUGAUGUGGCUGAGCCCACCCCAGAAAUCCUGAAGAACUACAUGGAUGCCCAGUAUUACGGCGAGAUCGGCAUCGGAACCCCCCCGCAGAAGUUCACUGUGGUCUUUGACACUGGCUCUUCCAACCUCUGGGUGCCAUCUGUGCACUGUCACCUGCUGGACAUCGCCUGCUUGCUGCACCACAAGUAUGAUGGCUCUAAGUCCAGCACCUACGUGGAGAACGGCACCGAGUUUGCCAUCCACUACGGGACAGGAAGCCUCUCUGGGUACCUCAGCCAGGACACUGUCACGCUGGGUAACCUGAAAAUCAAGAACCAGAUCUUCGGGGAGGCUGUGAAGCAGCCGGGCAUCACCUUCAUCGCUGCCAAGUUCGAUGGCAUCCUGGGCAUGGCUUUCCCCAGGAUCUCCGUGGACAAGGUCACCCCUUUCUUUGAUAACAUCAUGCAGCAGAAGCUGAUUGAGAAGAACAUCUUCUCCUUCUACCUGAACAGAGACCCCACAGCUCAGCCUGGUGGUGAGCUGCUCCUGGGAGGGACUGACCCCAAGUACUACAGCGGAGACUUCAGCUGGGUGAACGUCACCCGCAAGGCCUACUGGCAGGUCCACAUGGACGCGGUGGAUGUUGCCAAUGGGCUGACUCUGUGCAAAGGAGGCUGUGAGGCCAUUGUGGACACUGGGACCUCCCUCAUCACUGGCCCCAGCAAGGAGGUGAAGGAGCUGCAGACAGCCAUUGGUGCAAAACCCCUCAUCAAAGGCCAGUAUGUGAUCCCCUGUGACAAGGUGUCCUCGCUGCCUGUCGUCACACUGACGCUAGGAGGGAAGCCCUACCAGCUCACUGGGGAUCAGUAUGUCUUCAAGGUUUCUGCACAAGGAGAGACCAUCUGCCUGAGUGGCUUUUCAGGCCUGGAUGUGCCUCCCCCUGGGGGCCCCCUCUGGAUCCUGGGGGAUGUCUUCAUCGGUCCCUACUACACCGUCUUUGACCGCGACAACGACUCUGUCGGCUUUGCCAAGUGUGCCUAAGCGCCCCAGCCCUGCUGCCUCUGCCACACACCCCCCUGCAGGUGGGAGCCAGAGAGACAGAUGCCCAGGGUUAGAAUCCCAGUGAGUGGAAAACAAAACAAAGCAAACAAACAAAGCAACACACACACACACAAACCCACCCCACCAAGGAAAAGAACUGGAACUCGAUUGCAAAGUACCAUGGAAAAUAGUCCUUAGUACCCUGCUAGCUACCUUUCCCACCCCUGCCCUCUGAGUUAAGUGGUGCUGGGAGGUCUCUAGUUGACAGCUCCAGCUGGGGUAGCCCCUUGC